AUGAACAGCCCUCUGGGGAGAGUCCUCCUCAACCCGGAGGCAUCCGGGAGGCUGAUUAAGUGGACCAACGAACUCAGUGAAUUUGAUAUCCAGUAUCAACCCCACACGGCAAUUAAGUCGCAGUCCUUGGCAGAUUUCAUCACCGAAGCCGCCCGACAUGUGGGAGCGAACCGAGUGCUGAUCUAUUCAGACUCUCAGCUUGCCGCCCAGCAACUCUCAGGAGCUUUCGAGAUAAACAAUGCAAGACUCAAGCUUUACGCGGAGGCAUUUGAAAAGCUCAAAGCCAACUUCUAUGAGGUUGUUAUACAGAAAAUCCCCCGGGCGGAGAACCAGACAGCGGAUGAGUUGGCUAAACUUGCAAGUGCAAUAUCACCGAUUGUCAUCCAACAACCGAUUGAGCAGGUGUCCUUAGUGGCUCACAUCGACAGGAUGGAAAGCCUCGCGUUCCCUGGCGACUGGAGGACGACGAUCAUGGAAUUUUUGCGAUCGGGAGCUAUGCCUUCCGAUCAGGAAGAGGCCCGGUUGCUAAGAAGGAGAGCUGGUCGGUUCACCCUCAUCAGGGAUCAGCUCUACAAAAAAUCUUUUUCCCAUCCAUUACUAAAGUGCGUCAGCUCAGAGGAUGCGAAAUAUAUACUAAAAGAAAUGCAUCACGGGUCUUGUGGAGGACACCCGGGCGGCUGCUCGUUGGCGAGGAAGAUUCUACUAGCCGGGUACUUUUGGCUGACCCUCCAGGAAGAUGCAGCUCGGACCGUCGCUACGUGCCUUUCCUGUCAGAAAUACCACAUCUUCACCCACCGGCCAACGGAGGAGAUGAAGGAGUCCACGGUAUCCUACCCGUUCAAUCAAUGGGGCAUGGAUAUUGUAGGACCUUUCCUUAUGGCGACAGAGCAGCGGAAGGUUCGGCUCGACCGUGUCGGAGGUAGCUGGGUGGACGAGCUUCCAGGUGUACUAUGGGUGAUCCGCACAAGCCUAAAGGAGGGAACGGGAGUUACGCCUUUCCACUUGGUAUAUGGAGGUGAGGCUGUCGUUCCCGUAGAGGUCAGAAUAAAGUCUGAUCGGGUGAGACGAUACGACAAGGAUAACGCCGAACGGAGGCAGCUAGAGCUGGACUUGAUAGAAGAGACACGAGCCAAAGCAGUCGUUCGGCUAAUGGCGUACCAACAGAGAAUGAAGCAGAAUUACAACAGACGAGUGAUCCCCAGGGCAUUCCAAGUUGGUGACCUAGUAUGGAAAAAGGUGAAGCCGAUCGUCAAUGUGACCAAGUUGGAGGCUCCAUGGGUUGGGCCCUUCAAGGUCAUCGAGAAGCUUCGAUCGGGUGCCUACUACCUGGAAGAUGAAGAUGGACGGCAGCUAGAACGGCCCUGGAGCGCUAACCAUCAACAACUGUAUCAAGCUGGGUGA